AUGAAUAGACCUCAGAGAAGGAACUCAUGUAAUAUCAAUAAUGCAACCGGGAGUGAGACCUGGCUAGCUGGGGAAGGCAAACUAUGUGAAAUAGUCUCUGGUAACAUCGUCUUCAGGGGAGGCUGUGGAAGAAAUGAGUGUCAAGAAGCAGGUUUUGCUUUUGGAGUGAAGGCAGUUCUUGUUAGUAAAUUGGCUGGACUUCCUAAGGUGGUAAAUGACAAGUUUAUUGCUAUGAAAUUCCCCGUCCUGUCUGGAAAGAAGACCCUUACAAUCAUCAGUGCCUAUGCUCCAACCAUGACCAACCUAGAUGAAGUAAAGCUUAAUUUCAAUAGGGAACUUCACUCAGUCAUCACCGAUGCUCAAAAAAAAAGAGGGGCAGGCAGGAUGCAGGUGAUCAAGGCCAUGUGCAGCACUGCUACUGGACAGAUCACUGCCUCUUUAUUAUUUAGCUCAACAUCUGUAUUCAACCCAAAAGACACCCACAAGGAAAGAAGGCUCAUAGGCAGUUGAACACUAUCAAGCUAAUGAACUUAAGAAUCAAUCAGUAUCUUUUGGAUGCUUUGGAAGAACACCUGGAAUCCACCCUUCUUGAUCGUCAAAAUGUUGAAGCCAACUGGGCAACACUUAGAGAGCUGAUUUCAGCACAGCCACAGAAAUCUUGUGGCCCACAACCAUGA